AUGGAAAAAAGCCCUAGUUUGAUUUUAAUGCCAUUCAAGGAUGAUAAGGCUAAUACGGAUGGCAACGAGGAGCUGCCAAAGGAGCUUCGACACGAGUUGAUGCCACGACACUUGGCAGUGAUAUUGGAUGGCAAUCGGAGGUUGGCUAUGCAAAGUGGCCUUAGCCCUAUUGAUGGUUAUCUUCAUGGAGUAGAGCUUGAUUUCCUGCUCGAGGUUUUGGAGCAUUACCUAAUACGCAUUUCUCGUAGGAGUAACCUAAGUUUUUCAAAAGGAAACAUGAUUAAAGGAAAGUUGAUAGCUCAAAGGGUUCAAUUUAGGGCGUUUUUCGAGUCAUGUCAUUUUCGAGCUGUAUGUUAUGGAGGACGAGUUUCAGUGAUUGGUGAUACAUCUUUACUACCCAAUUCCUUACAAGAACUAAUUGAACAAAUUGAAGAAGAAACAAAAGACAGCAUUGAAAGUCAUCUGAUUUUAGAAAUGAAUAACAGUGGCCAGAAUGAUAUAAAUCAUGCUUGUCAAACAUUGUAA